AUGGGCAUGGUCAUGGGGAAGAGAUCACAAAAGGGAAUAUAUGACACAGGGAAUGUUAUUCCCUGUGUCGUAUCUCAGUGGAGUGUCUGGAGCGGCUGCGCAGAGCCUUGCCAGACAACGUAUCGCCUUCGGAGGAGGCACGUCAUCCAGGAGCCCAGGAAUGGAGGAGAGGGAUGCCCUCCUCUGGAGGAGAGGGCUGGCUGUGUGGAGUACUGGACUGAGCAAGGAACAGAGUGCAAACAGUCCCUGAUCCCAGCAUUAAUAACAACAGGAGGGUUUGGAAAAGCGAGGAAAAAAAGAGCUGCUUCUGAUGGCAAUGAAAGAGCAGGGUACUGUGUUGAGUUCCAGCUUGUGGCCAUCACACCGGGCUGCUCGCACAGCCACCACUCGUACACUCACUGGAUGCAGUAUCUCAGGGAAGGCCACACCGUCUGCGUGGAGUGUCAGCACCCAGCUUUAGACUCCAGCAGCCUCCAUUGUUAUGGGGAUGGCAGUGGAAGCAAAAAGAAUCAGCUGUUGCACUGGCAGGCAGUAGGGAACCCGCGAUGCCAGGGAACCUGGAAGAGAAUGCGCCAGCUGGACACUUGCUCCUGCCCUUCUGUUCACAGCUUCUUGUUCAUCUAACUUCUCCUGACAGCCCCAGCAAGCGAGCGCUGUGAUGGCUUUUCUGGCACCAAUGUGCAGCAGCAGUGGGAACCACAUC